AUCCGUCAAAUUGUCUUGGACCCAUGUGCCUCCAUAUAAAGUUGUUCGUCCCUGGGGCAGCAUUCCCACUUUAAAUUGGCCCUCUAGAAAACCAGGGAGUCCUGUUUCUAAAGUUCCCACUCUUCUUACUCUCGUCUUUUUUCUUUCUGUGGCACUGGGACCCCUAGACUGGACUGGUGCAGUAUUCCCCUGAGAAACAGUGCCAGCCCUGUGUCAUGCUGUCAUGCUAGUUUCAGUGACACCUGUCACACCAGUCUUGGUACUUCCCUGCUCUACUUGGGAGUUUCCCUCUUUUCCCUGCCCCUCUGUCUCAGGCUAAAGGGCUCUCUCCCUGUCUCUUCCUCUUCUAAGGGACAUGAUUAUUCCCUGAGUUAGAAAGACCUCACCAAAGCCAGCCGGGAUGUCUUUUAAUUCCCCUUCACUUUAGGACUUCUCCAUGGAGCUGUCUCAGCUUUGCCAGGAGCAAGGACUCACCUGAGCCCAGGGGGAGAUUCCAGACCCCUUCAGUUGUUCUGGGCUCCCUGGGGGAGCUAAAUGGGAUAAUCUUAGAGGACCAAGAACAGGCAGAGUUUCUACCUGGCAUGACGUGCCAGGAGAGUUGCCAAAGUAAUGCCCUCAGCCCUAGGGUGCAUUCCUCCCUAGUAACUUCUUUUUACCACAUAUAUACUUUUUUCACUCCUGGAGGCUAGGAUGGAACAAUUGGAACAGAGCUAAGCCUCAGUUUCCUUGUCUGUAAAAUGAGGGGGUUGGAGAUAAUAUUUGAAGUCCCUUGCAGUUUUAAAUAUUAUGCUAUGGUCAUGACUCCUAGGCUCAAGAUUUCAAAGCUGGAUGAAACCUGAGAAACCAUUUAGUUAAAUUUCCUUAACCCAGAGAAAGAAAUUGAAAGAAAGUCACGCACUUAAUAAGAUUCCAGAGCCAGGACCCAAAUCUUCUGAUUCUCAGUCUUAUGGUUUUCCAUAAAGAGUUCCAGACCUUUCUCCUGGGCUCUCCUUUUCCCUUCUUUAACGUGCUGGUGAAGAGGAAGUCCUAGGUUCUAUCUCCUGAUGAUGUAGCGAAGAGAACACUAAAUUCGGUAGAGCUUCCGAGGAUUCUAAGAGAAGAAGGUGAGGAGAGAGUGAAUUCCAGUGAAGGGGCACAGCCUGUUCAAAGUCAUGGAGGCCGGAGAUGGAAUGCUGAGUUUGGGAAACAGCGAGUAGACCAGUUUGGCUGGAACAGAGAGUUCAUGAAGGGGCGUAACGUGAAAUAAGCCUGGAAAGGGAGCCCCUUUGUGAGAGCCCCAUGAGGGCAGAGGCAUCAUGGAAAGCACACCCAGCUACCUGCAAGAUGCCCCCACCUGGGAGAAGCCAGCAUCAGAGAAUGGCAUCAGACAGGAGCCAGGCACUUUGCCACGGGGUCCACACCAUGGACCACUGUGCCUGGGGGAGCCUGCUCCCUUUUGGAGAGGCACCCUGAGCACCCCAGACUCUUGGUUUCCACAUGGCUUACCCCAUGGCUCAAAUGACCCACUUCCAUUCUUGGGGGGUGAGGGACCCCGUAAUGGUGAGGGAAAGGCUGGAUGGUUGGGGGUCAAAGAGGGGCUUCGAUGGAAGGAAGCAAUGCUAGCCCAUCAGUUGGCACUCUGUGGGCAGCCAUGUCCACCCCGUCACAACCUCCUGCCCCCAGAGCAAGGAGGCAGCAACUCCAAGAAUGACCCAUUGGCUUUCCGGCCUUUACAUUGCCCCUUCCUUCUGGAGACCAAGAUCCUAGAGAGGACCCCUUUCUGGGUGCCCACCUGCCUGCCUCCUUACUUGGUGCCCAGCCAGACCCACGAUCGGCCUUCUGACUGGCCCCUAGCUCCUUAUCCUUGGGCAUACCUGGGGCCCCCGCCCAAGAGUCCUCCUGCUUUUAACUCAGGAAGCAAGGGCUUUUAUCACAAAGAUCUAGGCAUACCUCGCCUGGCAAAAGAGAUGUCGACCACUGCUGAACCUGGGUUGUUGGGCGUAGCCCCUGGUGGGCAUCUUCAGAGAGCUGGGGAGAUGGAUUGGUCCCUACCCUACCAAAAGGAUGGGGAGUCAGGGGCCAAUGGGCACCAGAACCUUUGCCCACUGCUUGGGGGGUGCCCAGAUAUAAUCAGCAGCCGGACCAUCUGGCCUACUCACACCCCAGGCUUUGUUCAUACUCUCGGAAGUUCCUGGGUAGUGCCUCGAAAUGAGAACCUCAGAAACCCCCAACCAGGGCCACCCUCUGGGUCAGAGUGCCCUUCACCAGGGCAGUCUGUCAAUCAGGUGGGCUGCUGUCUAUCCCACCUACCUGCUGGAGAUGGGAGUCAUAGCCACUGUGGAAGGUGCCAGGCAAGCACAGAAGGUGAUACUAGUGGGACAGCUGGGUCCACUGAAGAAGUCGGCAAGCAUCCUGGGCCUGGGCCCUGCCCCCCAAGCCACCAUACCAAGCUAAAGAAGACCUGGCUCACUCGGCAUUCUGAGCAAUUUGGGUGUUCGGCUGGGUGCCCAGGGGAGGAGAUGGGCCUAACCACUCAGGUUGGGUCCCUCAAGAGGGAGGGAAGUCCUGAGGUGGGGGGAGCAGCUGGCAGCCCAGCUCCCAAGCGUCCAGCUGACUCCUUCCCAGGCAGUCAGGGGCAGGGGGCUGGGAGUUGGCAGGAAGCUUUGGAACCACCACCUGGGAGCAAGGCUGGGAUGACAGAACAUGAUGGCUGGAGAGGAUUCCUGGGCAACAGGCCUGGCCUUGAUGGACUUGAGCUCCAGAAUGUGCCUUGCACAGCUCUGCCAGCAGGAAUGACUCGUUGCCAGAGCUGUGCCCUUGGGGAAAGGGAAGAUAAAGGAAUGGCUUGUCACUUUCUGAAUGUUCGAAGGUUACCUUCAAGUGGAACAAGGACAGCCGAAGGUGAAGCUGGCCAUGCUGAGGAGAGCAGAGGCCUCAGGCCCAGUCCAGACACCAAGCUGAGCGUGCAUCUCGCCAAAUAUCUGCUGAAUAGCCUGGGAGACAGAUUCUGUAGACUACUUAGAAGGGAGCGAGAGGCCCUUGCCUGGGCUUUGGAGGAAGUGGGGGAGCCCAACCCUUCUUCUAUCCCAUGGGAGGACCCCAAUGCCCCAAGAUCCUGUAGCCGCUGCUAUCGUGGACUCUUCAACACCCACUGGGGCUGCCCUCACUGCUGCUACAGGCUCUGUUUGGCCUGUGGCCAUGUUGGGAGGGCCAGGGACACCACAGGCUUUCGGGAGCAGCCCCCGGAGGGAUGUGCCCACAGCACUGGGCAUGAUGCCAAUUCUCUUACGCUGACCCAGUUUGUCCCCAGCCAGGCCUUGGCCGAGCUGAGUACCAAGAUGCACCAAGUCCGGGCCAAGUUUGACAUCCGAGGGCACUGCCCUUGCCAAGCUGAUGCUCGAGUGUGGGCUCCUGGGGAUAGAGGACAAAAGAAGGAGCCAACAGAAAAAACUCCUGCAGCCCCACAACCCUCUUGCAAUGGUGAUGCACACAGAACCAAGGAAAUCAAAGAAGAGGCCACAGACUCCACUGAAACUCCAGGAGAAGCCCAAGGAGCCCGGGGAUCCCUGCCCUGCCCCUCCCUCUGUGAACUUCUUGCUUCCACUGCUGUCAAGCUCUGCCUGGGCCAUGAGCGCAUCCACAUGGCCUUUGCCCCUGUGACCCCAGCCCUGCCCAAUGAUGAUCGAAUCACCAACAUCUUGGAUAGCAUCAUUGCCCAGGUGGUGGAGAGAAAGAUUCAAGAGAAGGCACUGGGGCCAGGGCUUCGCAAGGGACUCAGCCUGCCCAGCCCUCCUACUGCACGUGGCCUGCCUUCUCGGGGGGCCCUGCUGUGGCUUCAGGAACCCCGACCCCGACACAACUUCCAGCUCUUCCAGGAUCACUGGAGACAGGGCCAGCCCGUGCUGGUAUCUGGACUACAGAGAACUCUGCAGAGCAGCCUUUGGGGGCCAGAAGCCCUCAGGACACUGGGGGGGAAGGUGCAGGCCCUGAGCCUCCUUGGGCCCCCUCGGCCUACAGACCUGGGCAGCACAGCUUUCUGGAAGGGUUUCAUCAGGCCAGAGGCUCGUCCAAAGCUAGACAGUGGGUCCCUCCUUCUUUUGCAUAGAAAUCUAGGCGAGCCAGAGUCCAGCAGAUCAGAGAACCUGGCUGCCAGUCUGCCACUCCCAGAAUAUUGUACCAGCCAUGGGAAACUCAACCUGGCUUCCUACCUCCCUCCCACCCCUACUCUCUGCCGACUAGAGCCACAACUCUGUGCCUCUUAUGGUGUGAGCCCACAGCACGGGCACCUGGGGACCAAGAAUCUGUGUGUGGAGGUAACGGAUCUCAUCAGUGUCCUGGUCCAUGCAGAAGCACCAGUACCUACUUGGCACCGGGCACAGAAAGAACUCCUGACAUGCCUGGAAGGUGAGGGGCUGUGGUCCCCAGGUAGCCAGGUGGGCGCUGUGUGGCAUGUGUUUCGGGCACAGGACGCCCAGCGCAUUUGUCGCUUUCUCCAGAUGGUGAGGAAGGUGUGCCCGGCUGGAGCAGGCACCCUGGAUCCAGGGUCCCCAGGCGGCUGCUAUCUGGACACUGCACUGCGUCGACGCCUUCGGGAGGAGUGGGGUGUGAGCGGCUGGACCCUUCUACAGGCCCCCGGCGAGGCUGUGCUGGUGCCCGCGGGGGCCCCUCACCAGGUUCAGGGCCUGGUGAACUCAGUCAGCGUCACCCAGUAUUUCCUGUCUCCUGAGACCAUUGGGCUCUCCACUCAGCUCUGCCACCAGGCACCCAACCUCCCCCCUGAUGCCCGCCAGGUUUAUAGCCAGAUGGACUGGGCCAUAUUUCAAGCGGUGAAGGAGGCUGUGGGAACCUUACACGAUUCUAAAUAGGGGGGGACCCAGUCAUUCAGGGUGGGAGGGGAAGCACAGAUAAGACAAAGCAAACACCAGCAUGCCAACUGGGUGUUUGCCCCAGCAACUCAUCCCUGGGCAUCAAUUGGGGAAGAUGCUAGAAAUCUUGGGAACUGACCCCAUGGGCAUCCCUCUGGUCACAAGCAAGGCAUGAUCUCCCAAGGCAGCCUGCCUUGAACCCUACAACCAAUACACAGAGUACUGCCAAUGCUUGUGUAUGCUCUGAUACCACUCUGCUCAUCCGCCUAAUGCUGGCACUGAAUAAGGGCUCAGCUCUUCUGAUAUGUGUUCUCCCUUCUCCUCUAGUACAUGGUCUCAAAUGCCCACAGGGAUCCCAGGACAAGAAAAACAGUCCUUCCCAGGCACCUGGGUGAACUUGGGAAAUCAGUCUGACUUAAACUAUGCCACUGCCUCCUUGCCCUCAGCACUCUACUUUUGCCCAGAUUUUCUUCCCUGUCUUCCCAUCCUAGAUGAAUUCCCUAGGGAUGUCCUUUCCACCAUCACCCUUUGCCAAAUGGGCACUGUGAGGCAACAGGAAUCUUCCUUAUUCUACUUGCCUUAUAGAGGGGCUAGGAGGGCAGGGGAUUAGAUGGAGGUGAGGGAUACUCCAGAGCUUGCAGGGUCUGCUGGCGGGACCAUGGUCUGGGUGGCACUGCCCCUCUCUUCCUUACAAGUUUGAGUACCCAUUAAAGUUUGUGUUGUUUUGUGAAUA